GUUGAAGUCAUAACUUGGCGGUUGCUGAGUAGCAAUACCCAGAGACCAAAUCAAACGGCAGCAGUUUUGGUGAGUCCACCUUUCCUCUUAGUCCGCUUGUGAUAGUUGGACGUGUGUGCAUGCUAGCUACAUGCUAACGUUGGAGCUGUGCGUACACGACGAAGAAUCGAGGGGGGAAAAAAGAACAGCUUGACUGAUUUUAUUUAGGUGAACAAUUUGACGAAUUGCUUUUUGGCCUGUCGUGCAGUUUCAGUAGUUUUAUUGUUCCCGUUUGAAAUUGAGGAGUUGAGUUUGUGUGUGUGUGAGAGAGAGAGAGGCCUCCACGAACCCGUCGAAGAACUUAGCCCUCAACCCCAGGGGAGAUCGGGAGGCUCGGGAAGACACUGACUGAGCGGAGCGUGAGGAGCACGAAGGCGAACCAGCCAAGGGGUCCCGCAGCUUCCUGAUCGCAUUCGGCGACGACAUGGAAAGACUUCCGAGGAGCGAUGCAGACAGCGAAAAAGGUCGGGAUGUGGCCAUCUCAACUGCCUUGGUGUUGUUGCUUGUGUCCCGAAGACACGCGGCGGCUGACUGCUCGGCAGGAAGAACUUGCCCCUGUGAAAAAGGAAGAGGAGGAUCCAGCGGCCCCCCGCGUUAAAGAGGAGGAUGUCCGACAGAGCCCCCACGUUAAGGAGGAAGAGCAGGAGACCGACAUCGGCGAGUUGCCGCCCAUCGUCGUCUCUGUGAAAAAAGAAGACGCCCAAGACGUAGCGCUCCGUCCUCAAAGCCCACCGGGCAGCGUCGCUUUGGGGAGGGACGGCGGCGGCAAACGGCGGAAAGGCUCCGGCGACGAGGAAACGUCGCCAAAACGCGUGAGCUGCUCCCUUUGCAGGAAAAACUUUGCCACAAAACAAACUUUGAUCACACACAUGCGAACGCACACGGGAGAAAAACCCUUCGCUUGCUCGUUCUGCGGCAAGGACUUUUCUCAAAAAGGACCCAUGCUCAGGCACUUGAGAGUGCACACCGGAGAAAAACCCUUCGGCUGCUCGGUGUGCGGGAAAACCUUCUCGCAGAAGGGAAGCAUCGAAUUGCACAUGAGGACGCACACGGGAGAAAAACCCUUCCGGUGCCCCACCUGCGGCAAAACCUUCUCUCAGAAAGAAAAUAUGGCCACGCACAUGAGAAAGCACACCGGAGAGAAACCCUUCCGCUGCUCAGAUUGCGGCAAGGCCUUCUCGCGCAAGGAGCACGUGCUGACGCACAUGAGGACGCACGCCGGAGGAAUACCCUUCGCUUGCUCCGUGUGCGGAGAAACGUAUGGCCAUCGGGCCAGUUUGACUGAGCACAUGCGCAAACACGUCGCCGAGAGCGAAUACUCCAGAAGCUCCUUUGUGCUCAGUUCUUUGCUGCGCUCGUCCGGCUGCUCCUCCAGCAGCUCCUCCACGUCCUGCCCGUCGAGCUCCAAGCCCAGAGCCGUGCCGAUGGACACGAUGUCCUCCACCAGCGCCGCCGCCGCCGCCUCGACGCCGAGGCCCUCCGAGUCGGCGCCCGGCAGGCAAGCCGGCCAGAGCGUCUUCCAAGCGGAGCGCAGGGCGGGGCGCGGGACUUCCCUCCAGGCCCGCUGCCGGCCCAGCGGCCGCAGCAGGCGCGCCGCCCGCGACGGCAGGAACUGCAGCCGGAUGAAGCGGCCUUCGGCGCCGUCCAGCUGCUCCUCCAAGCCGGGCGGGUGCGCCGCCGCCUUGUCCACCACCAGGAGGCAGCGCGGAGGCAAGGCGUUCUCCCGCAGCUGGGCCUUGAGCACGCGGUUGCUCUUGAAGGCGCGCGGGUUUUCCGAGUGGUACACCAGAAGCGGCUUCAGCUGGCAGUCGCCGCUGGCGUUGGCGCACAGCAGAAGCGUCAACUUGUCCUUCAUGGGCUUGUGGCCGGGCCGCGCCUUCUCCUCUUUGGUCAGCCAGGUCGCCGUGCAGCCUCUUGGCCUUCCUGAUGACGGCGCCGGCGCUCACGCCGCCGCCCGCCAGCUCCUGCUCGUUGACCCACAGCAGCAAGAGCUUCUCCACGUCCUCCAGGAUUUGAGGCCGCUGCUUGACAGCACGCAGGCUGUUAAACCACCACCGAAGAAGAAAUGCGGAAGUCGGUGCGGUGUCGCCUGGACAGUUCGAAAAAAAAAACGAAAAGCGACGGCGUUGUCGUGUCAUCGCUUCAACAGAAAACAUGAAGAAAGAUGUCAUGGAAGGAACCUUUUUCGACACCUCCACCUCCAAGCCUGCCCUGCGUCGCAAGAGAGGGACAAAAAGACUGAGAAGACAGUCGCAGACAUGCAGCAGCUGAGUGGCGGCCGAGAAGAAUCGGCGCCUCCUCGGGUUAAAGAGGAUCCGCUCGCCUUUCACAUCAAGGAGGAACGAGAGGAGGCCCAUGUCACCAAGUCCUGCGGUCUGAGCCUCCGGCGCGAGCGACUUUGCCGCUCCACCUCGGAGCCGGCGGGUCAACGGCCCUCCCGCAUAAAAGAGGAAGAGGAGGAGCCGCGGCCACCCUGCGUGAAAGAGGAAGAGGAGGAGUUGCCGCUGCACGUCGUCGUGAUGAAGAGCGAAGAUGACGAAGACAAACCGGGCGAGUGGUCGCAGCUUCGCCAGCAAAGUCCAAGUGGAGGAGCGCCACCGGACAACCUCUUCGCUCCGUUGUCGGACAGUGACGACGCGGCAUUCCCGUCGAGGAGCGACGCAGACCGCCACGGCGGCGGCGACAAAGCGCCGAAAAGCCCCGGACGCCGCGGGAAGAAAAAGUCGCUAACGACUAAGAAACACGUCAUCUGCUCAGUUUGCGGUAAAAACGUGGCCAAAGAAAAAAUCAUUCGACACACGAGAACGCACACGGGAGAAAAACCCUACAGUUGCUCGAUUUGCAGUAAAACCUUCUCGUCGAGGGAUUACGUGAGCACACACAUGAGAACGCACACCGGAGAAAAACCUUUUGGCUGCACCUUCUGCAGUAAAACAUUCUCGCACAAGUCCCACGUGAUCACGCACGUGAGGAUACACACGGGAGAGAAACCCUACCGCUGCUCGGUUUGCGGGAAAACCUUUGCCUCAAAGGAUUACGUCAACCUGCACAUGAGGACGCACACGGGAGAAAAACCCUUCGGUUGCUCCAUGUGCGAGCGACGGUUCUCUCAAAAGACGCAUCUGGCCACCCACAUGAGGACGCACACGGGGGAAAAACCCUUUAGCUGCACCGUUUGCGGUAAAAGCUACGCUCAUAAGAACAGUUUGACGACACACAUGUGGGGACACUGCUGAGUGAGGCCGCAUGCUUAACCCGAAGCGGCCCGCGGAUUCUUUUGAAGAAAUUUGAUUCCCGAGAGCUAGGUUGUCCUCUUCCUCGUCCCGAUGGUUGCCGCUCAAUUUUCGUUCGCUGGUAGUGAUUUCCUCCCGUUUGUGAGACAAAAGUCGUGUAUGUAGUACAUGUGCCCCCCAUGAUUCAUAUUUUCAAUGCUUUCUUUUCUCUCGGGACGAUUCAGCAGCUAUUUGUCUUCCUCUACUGUUCUACUUUCGAGUCAUCAGCGAUAUCCCUGCAAAAUGGCGCUGGCUCACUGUUGGAUGUUUUUUCCCAUUCACAUAAACCAUCCUCUCAUGUUCUGCAUGAGAGUGUUAACUACCAAGAUAUGUAACAUACCACUGGGCAGACUGUGUCUGUGAAAGUCAGAUUGUGAUAUUUGAAUGAGAUGAGUGGUUUCCUGAAUAAAGAGUUCAAGCUCA